AUGGCUCUCAUUAAUGAAAGUCACCCUGAGCAGUUCAUUCUACUAGGAUUCACUGACAGACCCUGGCUGGAGCUUCCUCUGUUCAUUGUUCUUCUGAUCACAUACCCCUUGGCCAUGAUGGGAAACAUCAUCAUCAUCCUGGUGUCCAGAUUAGAUUCCCGGCUCCACAGCCCCAUGUAUUUCUUCCUCAACAACCUCUCCUUUUUGGACAUGUGUUACACCACCAGCAUCGUCCCUCAGAUGCUGUUUAACCUGGGCAGCUCUAAGAAGACCAUCAGCUACGUGGGGUGUGUGGUUCAGCUUUAUUUCUUCAGCAUAAUGGGAGGCACAGAAUGUUUCCUCUUGGCUCUUAUGUCCUUUGAUCGCUAUGUGGCCAUCUGCAGACCUCUGCACUACUCCCUUAUCAUGAACCAGCGCCUCUGUAUUCUGUUAGUGUCCACUGUGUGGCUGUGUGGAGUGAUCAUAGCUGUCUCACAGGCCACUCUCACAUUACAGUUGCCCCUGUGUGGCACAAAUAUACUGGAUCACUUGUUAUGUGAGAUUCCGGUUCUGAUUAAGACUGCCUGUGGUGAGAAGAAAGCCAAUGAACUCACACUCUCUUUAGUAUGCACUCUUCUCUUAGCUGUUCCUCUGUGUUUAAUACUUGCCUCAUAUGCUAGCAUUGGACGUGCUAUACUGAAGAUUAAAUCUUCUGAAGGAAGGAAAAAGGCCUUUGGGACAUGCUCCUCUCAUCUCAUUGUAGUUUUCUUAUUUUAUGGUCCAGCCAUUAGCAUGUACAUUCAGCCUCCCUCCUCCAUCACAAGGGACCAGCCCAAGUUCAUGGCUCUCUUCUAUGGAGUGGUGACUCCUACCCUCAACCCCUUCAUCUACACCCUGAGGAAUAAGGAUGUGAAGGGGGCAAUAUGUAAGCUGGUGAGGAGCAUCUACCAUUCAAAGUGUAAGUUUGUAAACAUAAAUUCACAUUUUAUCACUCAGAUUUCUCUUAUAAAGUCCCUGUUCUUCUCUUAA